AAAGAGGUAAGAAGAAGAAUCGAUCACACCAUCUCUUCCCUGCGAGUAAUUUGGCGUUGCUCGAUCAUCACAUCCAACCAAUCAAGCUGGAAGCUGGAAUCGAUCAUCGCGUGCACUCCCAGGACGAGCUCGGGAGCCUAGAGAAGAGAUCUUCGAUGUGGCCACCCGACCUGAAUUGGGAGAAGCGCUUGUCGCAGAAGCCGGACAACGUAUCCCUGGCGGGCGAGGCGGGCAUCGCCGAUUCGAGCUACCUGUCGAGCUUGGUUGGCUCCACGAAUGUGGGAGUCGGGCAGCUCUCCGGGCUGGCCAGGCAGUGGGAAUCCAGUCACAGCAAUGCAGUCCGGCUGCUCAAGGAGGAGGUGGAGUGGCUCUCGUCACAGCGCAGCGAGGCGGAGAGCAAGCGGCGCCGGAUUCUCGGCGUCGCGGGACAAUCGAUCGGUGCUGCGUGGCUCCGGGACGCUCGAGGAGCAAGUCAAGCGGCAAGUGAGUGGAGUCAAGCUUGUGGUAGCAGAUCGUCCUCAGCAAUCCAAACCAUUAGUUUUGUUUUCCUUGUCACUUUGAUUCACAGCAAGCCAUGUUGUCCCAAAUCUUUGUUAAGUUCUUGUUUACAAAUCUCUAGCUAUCAAUCUCUUCUGGCUUAG